UGUCUAGUUAUAUGAUCGUCCAUAAACAAAUCACAAAUGUAUUAUUGACACAGAAGUCAACAGUAGAACAGCUGAUUAAAAAUAGCAUAAGCAUUUUGAAUGAAAGUAGGGUGAAUUUUGAUUCCACUGUGAAAUCUCAAGAAGAAAAAAUUGAGCAGCUUGAGAAAUCAAUUACUGAAGAUUAUGUUCUAAAAGAAGUUUACACCCAACUACAAAAUGAACUAAAGGAGAAGUAUGUUCAUAAAGAUAGUUAUUUAAAUCUUCAAGAAAAACUGGAAGAGGAAUGUAGAUGUCAUGGUGAAACACAGGCCAAGUUACAGCUGGUUUUUGAAAAAUUUGAAGACAGUCUUCAACAUAUUUCAUCACUAGAAAACAAGCUGAGUGAAACAACUGCUUCUUUAAAUCUUGAAUGUACAGCCUUACAAAAGGAGAUAUCAGAUGUACAUGCUCAAAAUAAUAAUCUUCAAGUACAACUCCAAGAGAAAACUGCUUUGUCUGAAGAGCAGUUGGCCUUGAUUGAUCAGAAACAAGUGGAGAUAGAAGAACUAGUCUCAAAGCAUCACAGUGUAAUUUUUUUUGGGGAAAUAUUUGUAAAAACAUGCAGGGGUUAUAAAAAUGCAAAAAAAAGUAUGAAGUAUAUGUGCAAAUAG